AUGUCGCUGGAGAUGGAUAUGAAGACGGCCGGCAGAGCCAUAGCCGAAUGGGGCUGUCACUUCCUCGAAAAGCCGAUUUCAAUGGAGGAUAUCGAGCUUGUUUGGCAAAUCAUAUACAGAAAAAUCAGAAACCCUAGGGCAAAGAAUUUGGGAGAAAAUGCGAAACAGGGGAAGGAAUCUGAAAUUGACGGAAUGUUUGACCGAAUCGUGAACGUUGGAAGCGGAGUAGAGUGGAAAUCGCAUGAAGAAGAAGAAGAGAAGGGGGAAAAUGGCGGAAAAUGUAGAGAGGGAGAAGAGAAAUUGAAUCAAUGUGUGAAUGUGGUUGAUUACCUGGAAGCGAAGAAGAUGAAUGUGGUAGAGAAGAUGAACAGAAAUGAGCGCACAAUCAAGAAGUCGCGAAUUGUUUGGAAUUCGAAAUUGCAUCGGAAGUUUACAGAAGCAUUGAGCAAACUUGGAGACAGAAAAUCGAGCCCUAAAAUUAUCUUGAAGAUGAUGAAUGAACCAACUUUAACGCUUCGCCAAGUUGCAAGUCACCUCCAGAAAUUCAAAUCUCAAGUAAAGCAUUUAAAUAAGAUAACAGCAAGUGAUGCAUCAUCCACUUCACUUAUCAAAAGCCAACUUCAACAGUUACCUUCAAAUAGCAUGACAAACAUAUUAAGCCAACCAAGUUACAGCUCUAAUAAGUAUAAUACAGAUCACAACCUGAGACAAUUACAAGUCCCCAGCUGCUUGAAUGCUCCUACUCUACUGCCUUCUCAAGAUGUUUUUAAUUGCCAUCUCAGGAUGAUGAAUCAGAACAACUCAAAUUCAUACAACACAACUCACCCAAAUGACCUUCAACUCAAAAGUUAUGGAGGAUUAUUGGAAGGAAUGAACCUCGUGGAAGGCAACCGUAUCUUCGCUGACGAGCUUUACAUGAAUGAAAGUUUAGAAGAAUGUUUUGUUGAGACGUCUAAUUAUAAUUCCAACUUCCAAUACUUUGGUGCAGAUGAAGAUUAUUGUUCCUUCCUUUCAGUUGAUAAUCACUACCACCCAGCUGAUGUAGUUCAAGAUCAGCUGGAAUUUGCUCAAAACUUGGCUGGCUGUUUGGAUGUUGACAAUAAUAUCGUCGCAUCGGGAGGGCAUUCGGUAAUUGCAGGUCAUUCUUUGAAUCAGAAUGUUGCCUUGAAGGAACUUGAUGAUCUGCUGAACAAUACCGAAGAAGAUCCAAUGGUAUAUUGCUGUUAUGAUGGUGAGAUGAACUCGUUUGACAUUGAUCAAUAUUCUGAAUGGUUAAAUGCAUGA